AUGAUCGCACUACUAAUUCUGAAGAAGAAGAAGAAGAAGAAGAAGAAGAAGAAGAAGAAGAAGAAGACGAAGAAGAAGAAGAAGAAGAAGAAGAAGAAGAAGAAGAAGAAGAAGAAGAAGAAGAAGAAGAAGAAGAAGAAGAAGAAGAAGAAGAAGAAGAAGAAGAAGAAGAAGAAGAAGAAGAAGAAGAAGAAGAAGAAGAAGAAGAAGAAGAAGAAGAAGAAGAAGCGACCACUGGAACAAGAAGUUUAA